GUUUGAAAAAGAAACGAACGAGUCUCGGCCCAAAAUCAGAUUGUUUUUUUUUUUGCGUGAGAAAUUGGAUGUGUGGCGUGCGUGCGUGAGAAAACAGGCAAUUGCGUGUGUCUCACGCAUUACGGUAAUGUAGAAAUACAAUUAAACCAACGAAGAAGAAAUCGCCGCCGAAGACGAAGAAGAAGAUAUACAAGGAUUUACCCCAAAGCGCCGAAGAAGAUCCCACCCGUCUUAUCUUGAACAAUAGACUGUUUUUCGCAGUAGUUUACGUUCGUCAGCGUCGAAAUAUCGACAAACAUGUGGAAAGUGAAAAUGUUGAGAGAGCUGGUGAAGCGAAAGCUAACCGUGGCUGUCGAGGACGUUUUUGAACUAUUCGAGAAAACCAUAGCUGAGUACGAGGAGGCGAACGAGAGGAGGCAUCGGGCGCUUCUGGAAGCGGUGCUCAACCCACGUCUUCGACGAGAAAAAGACAGUUUACAAGAGUGGGAGAAUGAAGAAGUUCCACCUGAGGAGCCACCAUUGAAAAAACGGAAGAACACGGGCAAGCGAACGGGUCCGCGUGUGAAAGCAAAACCUAGUGGAGAAGACGGUGAAACACCCCCUCCGCAAGCUGACCACUCAGCUCCAGUAUCCGACGUCGAGGACUUAAUUACUGUGACUUCUGACGGCGAGAACUCCGGAGAGCCUUCAUCUAAAAAUAAAUCCUUAAAGAAAGAUUUGGAUCUGCCCGCGGUUACAAAACCAUUCUCCUGCUCGCUUUGCAUGAAAUCCUUCCAGACUCGAGACUGUCUUAUCGAGCACGAAAGGGAACACACAAAGGAGAAAAGCGCUAAAAAUAAGGAGAAACCUUCAACUUCUGCAGACCACUUGGCCCCGAUAUUGAAUGUAAACGACUCUGAUCCAGAUUCUUUCUCUAAGACCAAAAAAGCCAAGAAGUUUAAAUGCUCUCCAACAUUCUCCCGGAAGGAAGAUUUGGACAGACACGUGACAACACCAGCAAAACAGUCUUUCAACUGCUCGGUUUGUAAGACAAACUUUCAGAGUCGAGAUGAUCUCAUAUCACACAUUCGAGAACAUACCAAGGAGAAACCAUCAGAACUUCACUCACAACCAGAAAAGCCUGCAAUUCGCAAAAACGACAAUUUGACGUCAAUUUCCUCCGCGUUGGCUAAGGAUGCUAAUAAAAAUACUUCUAAGCAGAAACCACCCGAAGGUAAAGAGGUUCCCUCACCGCUUGAAAAGUCUGCCGCAAUUCCAGAAAACGACGACGUGACAUCAAACUCAUCCGACGCGGCCGACGAUCCUAAAAAGUUCCCUUGCGAUAAAUGCGACAAGAAUUUCGUCCGUAAAGAAGAUCUGGACGAACAUCUGAAACAACAUUCGGGAGCUGCUAAUUCCAAGAAUCCCGGCGUUUUGCAAAAAUUCUACACCGUCAAAAUGCCGACCUCCGGUAGCUUGGCUCAACCCAACGGGGAACGCCGCGAAGAUCCGCAAUCGGAACCGGAGAGCCUCUUCGCUCCGUUGUCUUUCUCGGACAUGACGGCGGAUUCUUCCGACGACGAAACCUCGAGUCGGGACGGGAAGGAACGAUUCGCCUGCACGCAGUGUCAGAAAACGUUUGGGACCCAAGCGCGUUUGCAAAAUCACUUGGCGACGCACACGAAAGACAGACCUUUCGCUUGUCAGGUUUGCGAUAAGAAGUACUCCAGGGCGGGGGAUUUGACGAAACAUGUGAGAUUACACGCGGACGGGAACGCCGCAAAAGACGUCGAGAAAAAGAAGAAGAAGAAGAAAAAGAAGUCCAAACAUCUUAAACACACGUGCUCUCGUUGUGGGAAAGAAUUUACGUGUAGUAGCUUGUUAGCUGCGCAUUUGGUGAUACACACAGGAGAGAUGUUAGAAAACUCCAAGAAGGGACUUUAAAAGUAAUGGCUGCCAUUGAUGGCGAGCCACUCCCAAUCCGAACGGAUUGGAAAUCUAUCAGCGUUAAUGGCACUGAUUAAAUGAACACUGUUAUUUGUUUAAACCACUUUUUUUGUUGAAUGUUUAAAGUCCAAAUAUAUUUGUUUAGUCCAAAAUAAUGUAUACGUUAACAAUGUCACUGAAUUUUAACUGUAUUACAUAAUGUACACGUGUUGAUUUUUUUGUUUGUUUUUAGCGAUUUUAGCUAGUAUCUGUGCAAAAUGUGUAUUUGAUGACAUUUGCAGGGAAUCAGUUUUAUUUGAUUGCCUCACUUUAAUCAAUCAGUUUUUGUAUUUUUGUUUAAACCACACAGCAUUUCAUAUUUAUCCGUACUUAAAGUGUUACUUUAAAAUGAAAGGGAAUUCUGUGGUUUUUGUUAUGUGUUGUAGUGUUGUAACGAUUAAUCGAUUAACUCGAGUACCGUAAUUUUCGCACGAUAAGGCACACCUGACUACAAGCCGACACCCACCAAAUGUGACAUGAAAAUGGCAUUUGCUCAUAGAAUAGCCACAGCUGUCCUCAAUGUAUUAUGGGGUAUUUACACCAAAAUAUAUUAACCGGUAUCAUACGACUGUCAUAUGACCAAAUGAACCCCAAAGAAGCUUUGAACCAAUUGGCUACAAAGCUUCAUUGCUUCAAGAAGCUUUAUUUGGCCAUCACUGCUCCCUUGGGGGAGACAGUCAACCUCUUCCGCCGCCUGCUGUCAACACUGUUGUUGUCCAACUUGCCUCCUAGCAUGCAUUGCAGUGCUACAGAUGUGAACAACAAUCACAGUUCAUGUCCUGUGCUAAUUAUUUCUUCAGUUACUGUUCCAGUUGUUUCAUGAAUUGCUAGUUACGGUAUUUGGUAGUACUUUAUUUGACUAUGGCACCGUAAAACUUAUUAGACAAUCAUAAUUAUGACAUGACACCGUCAUGAGCCUUAAUAAAUGUUUAUAACAGAUGUCAUUGGAGCUGUCCCGACUAGUCGACAUAGUCGACGUCAUCGAUUGCGUAAAUCCGUCGACGAGCACAACAUCCCCUCGACGGUUAAUGAAGGGUUAAAAAAUAUAUGCAUGGAAAGUUCAGAAUGUCGGAUGCUCUGUAUGCAAGCGGGGAAAGUGGCACAAAGCCAAAAAAAGCGCACCAGAGUGUCCAAAACAUUGACUUAUUUCAAAGAAACAAAGGAGGGUACACUCUUCUGUCCUAUCUCUUCAAUGCCAAGAAUAAACACCUCAAGCGCCGUCACCCAGUUUGUAAUUUUUUUUUUUUCAUUUUUUGUACACCAGAGGGUGCUGUCGCCUUACUAAAUAAUAAUGUUUCAUUGACAAUGGGCCUAUAAGUGCUAUGAGUAUUGUUCUUAAUGCUAAUUGAGAGGUUUAUUUCAUGUUAUGGUUUAUUUUAUGGUGUAGAAAAUUAUGUAAGGUUAAAAGGUCAUGAAUAUAUACAGUAUAUACAGUGAUUGCACUCAAGGGAGAGAUUGUCAUUGAUAAGGUAAUUAAGGUAAAGGCAAUUCAUAUAGGCAAUUCAUUGAUAUAUAAAUAAGGUUUAAAAGGAAAAAGGUGAAAAGUUUUUGUUAAUUUCUAAUUGUGUUGUUUUAUUUGUGUGCACCGUAGCUCUUACGGUGUGAUUACAUCAAGGAUGGAAUAAAAGUUGUAAACCAUCGA